CCCGCAGCCGGAGAGGGGCCAGGACUCAAGAGCUCCGGGGGUGCCUGUGGAAUCCAGCGCCUCUGGCUUCCCGGGUCCCCCGCAGCGGAGCCCCAGAGACUCCCUCAGCCCGGGACCGCCACGGAACAAGAUUGCGAUUGAGAACCCACUGCAGCUACCGCAAUGGGCAGCAAAACCUUGCCAGCACCAGUGCCCAUUCAUCCAUCCCUGCAGCUUACCAACUACUCCUUCCUUCAGGCGGUGAAUGGCCUGCCCACGGUGCCCUCGGACCACCUGCCUAAUCUGUACGGUUUCAGCGCACUGCACGCUGUGCACCUGCACCAGUGGACGCUGGGCUACCCUGCCAUGCACUUGCCGCGCUCCUCGUUCUCCAAAGUCCCGGGCGCCGUGUCCAGCCUCGUGGACACACGCUUCCAGCUGCCCGCCUUUCCCUGGUUUCCUCACGUAAUCCAGCCUAAGCCUGAGAUCACCGUUGGAGGCAGUGGCCCCUCUGUGCUCAAGACCAAGCCACGCUUUGAUUUUGCCAACCUGGCCUUGGCUGCCACGCAGGAAGAUCCAUCCAAGCUUGGCCGGGGGGAAGGUCCUGGCUCCCCCACUGGUGGGCUGGGUGCCCUCCUGGAUGUAACCAAGCUGUCCCCCGAAAAGAAGCCCACGAGGGGACGCCUGCCUUCCAAGACCAAGAAGGAGUUCGUCUGCAAGUUCUGUGGCCGCCACUUCACUAAGUCCUACAACCUCCUUAUCCAUGAGCGGACGCACACCGAUGAGCGGCCCUACACGUGUGACAUCUGCCACAAAGCCUUCCGGAGGCAAGACCACCUACGGGACCACAGAUACAUUCACUCCAAAGAGAAGCCUUUCAAGUGUCAAGAGUGUGGGAAAGGAUUCUGCCAGUCCAGGACUCUCGCUGUCCACAAGACGCUACACUCACAGGUGAAGGAGCUCAAAACCUCCAAGAUCAAAUGCUAAAAGAGCCUCCAGGUCACCAGGACCCUGGGUUACGAUACCCCCUCCUCCAGAGGGACCAGAAGCCGAAGGCGACUCUGGCGGGCAGCGGGAGGGGCUCCCGGGACCUUCCCCUAUCCCAGACUUGUCCCUUGGGUCCCGGGCGCA